AUUAAAAGGUGUGUGGUUUUUUUUGCCAACUUUUGGGGAGCGAGAUGGCCCUUUUGGGAUAUUUCCUGUUUCUGUGUGGGUUGACCCAAGGUCUCUCAAGCUAUCCCAUCUGGUGGUCCUUGGCCAUUGGCCACCAAUAUUCCUCCUUGGGAACUCAGCCCAUCCUUUGCGGCAGCAUCCCUGGCUUGGUGCCCAAGCAACUACGGUUCUGUCGGAACUAUGUGGAGAUCAUGCCCAGCGUAGCCGAAGGGGUGAAAAUCGGCAUCCAGGAAUGCCAGCACCAGUUUCGCGGCAGGAGGUGGAACUGCACCACUGUAAACGACAGCUUGGCUAUCUUUGGACCGGUGUUGGAUAAAGCCACCAGAGAGUCAGCCUUCGUUCAUGCUAUUGCCUCUGCUGGUGUGGCUUUUGCAGUGACCAGAUCCUGUGCGGAAGGAUCGGCCACCAUCUGUGGCUGCGACACACGGCACAAGGGUCCUCCGGGAGAAGGCUGGAAAUGGGGAGGCUGCAGCGAGGAUGUGGAGUUUGGGAGCAUGGUGUCUCGGGAGUUUGCGGAUGCACGAGAGAACAGGCCAGAUGCUCGGUCGGCCAUGAACAGACACAAUAAUGAAGCUGGAAGGACGUCCAUUAUUGACCACAUGCACCUCAAAUGCAAGUGUCACGGAUUGUCUGGCAGCUGUGAGGUAAAGACCUGUUGGUGGUCCCAGCCUGACUUCCGGGUUAUUGGUGACUACCUCAAGGACAAAUAUGACAGCGCUUCAGAAAUGGUGGUGGAGAAGCACAGGGAGUCCCGCGGCUGGGUGGAGACACUGCGGCCCAAAUAUAACUUCUUCAAAGCACCGACCGAGAGGGAUUUGGUCUAUUACGAGAACUCGCCCAACUUCUGCGAGCCAAACCCUGAGACUGGCUCCUUUGGCACCCGCGACAGGAUCUGCAACGUCACUUCCCAUGGGAUUGAUGGUUGCGACCUCUUGUGCUGCGGGCGAGGACACAACACACGGACUGAGAAGAGGAAGGAGAAGUGCCAUUGUAUCUUCCACUGGUGCUGCUACGUCAGCUGUCAGGAGUGCAUACGGGUCUAUGAUGUCCACACGUGCAAGUAAGAUGGGAUGGCCACGGAAAAAGAAUCAAAGAUUACUUUUUUUUCUAUAGGAGAAAGUUGACUUCUUGAGAUACACACACACACACACACACGCAGAAGCUAGCAUUGGUUGGCUAGAAUAUGUAUCAUUUCUUCUCAACCAUCACAUCUGGAUGUUAACCUUGCAAUUCCUGACAAACCGAGAUGCCAGCCAACCAGCUGUUUUUGACCUUUCGCCCCGCAGGAGACCGGUUUCUUUAACUAGUCAAGAACAUAGAGCUGGAUAGCGGAUGGCGAGCAGGUUUCCCAGAAGGUUCUGGAGUCUCUGCUCUUUCCUUUCAACUCACAUGACAAAACUCGUGCUAUUAAGUGUCCUUUGAAUGUUGUGCGUCUUCCUGAAACAUGGCCUAUUUGUGCAUUAUGAGCAUGGAAGAAGCUUCUAGCGCAAUGACUCUUGAUGUUCCAGCCCAGCCUGUAGCUAAGUUUCUAUGUAUAGAAUUAACAACAGGUGGUGUGUUGUUUGUUUUUUUAAAGGCCCUUGUUCAACCUCUCACAAGAACUGGAGGAACUUGCAAAUGACUCUUCGCUCUGUGGAACUGCCAAACUCUUUGUAAUAUAUUCAAAUCCUGAAUGGAUUGACGAUUCAGACAAUGCUUCUACUAUGGGAGAAGGAAACAGGAAGUGAGGUGGCACGUGUGUUAUGCUUGU